CGCAGGUGCCUGAUAUGGCUGAAAUUCAGUCACGUUUGGCCUACGUGUCCUGCGUACGGCAGCUGGAAGUGGUCAAAAAGAGCGCCUACUGUGAAUACAUCCGCCCACCCAUCGACCGCUUCAAGACCAUGGACUUUGGAAAAUUUGAUGAAAUCUAUGAUGUGGGGUACCAGCACGGUAUACUGGUGUUUACCGAGUGUGCCCGUGGUGACAUCAUUGAAAACAUGCUGAAGGACCAUAGAUCAGCGGAUUAUAAUGACAGCAAGAAGACCGAUUCCUGCACGUGUCCCAGUGCAGAUUUCACAGAUCUAGCCGAGAUAGUGUCGAGGAUUGAACCCGUGCAGAGCUUCCUAGGAGCCGAUGCAGAGGAGUCCGAUUAUGCCACCGAGUAUGAGGAGGACGGUAUGGACCCGGUACGAGAAGAGGAGGGUGAGGAAGAGGAGGAGGAAGAGGGCGAAGACCCCGAGGACCACUCUCCAGGAGAAUGGGGACCAAACGGCGUCUUCGCGACGGAUGAGGAGAAGACGGUCCGUCAGAGGAAGACCAUCUCCAGGGGGUCCAAUGUCUCUGAGGUCUCAGAUUGCUGAAAGGAAACAGUGGUGGAUGUAGAGGUCAAAGGUCAUUAAAACAAGUCGUAAAGCGACGUCAGAAGCGUGAAAAAGGAUCGUUGGGAAGUCGCCAGAGAUGCCGUGAUACAGACCUGCUACAUUAUCCAUUUCUCGGUACCCGAACACGGUCCCACUGGUGUUGUUUUGCCUUCGUUUUUUGGUGUGUUUUUUUAUUGAGGUCUUGAAGACAACACAGUGGCACGCUUCGGAGACUCUGGACCCGCACACGGAGAAACUGUACCACUGAAAUUCAGUUUUCAGUAUGUUUGGUAUCAAACCCAGCAGACCACUAUACUUCCUUAACCUGCUUAACCUUCCGUUUGCGUACAACACUCGUUCAGUACGUCUGCUUUUGAAUCGAAUGUGACGUGAGUGUGAACGUGUGCGAUCGGGAAAGUGACUGUGAUUUGAUAGUUUGGGAAUUUUUCCGAUGAACGGUGGUCAUGCUUGCAAAGUCGGAUAUGAAAAUCUUAGAGAACGUAGAAUGGUAUUAAGUUAACGUUAUUGGAGAGAAGUAUUUCAAGUAUUUAUGGAUUGAAAGGAAGGAAUAUCAAGGAACAUUUUGAUAGAAUUAAUGAAAUGUGAGAAGAAAGAGAGGUGUGAAGUGAAAUAAGGGGUGAGGUAAAAAAAAAACGAGGUAGACGGUGUUCAGACGAGUGAGGUCCACUGUAAAAACUGUGAGUGAGGUAAUAAUAAGAGAGAGAGAGAGAGAGCGCAAAGAGUAGGCUAAGGUAGACAGUGUGAAAGUGAAUGAGGAAAUGAGGUAGAUGGUGAGAGAGUGAGGUAGACAUUGUAAAGUGAGGUAGGGAAUGAGAACUGAGUAACUUUAAAAAUUCUGUUAAUGCCAAAAAUGUGUUGUAUGGCUUAUUGUGUGUUCAGCCUUGAAAUGAAGAGCUACUUGUGCUUCAGGUAGUCAAGGUGAAUGUCUUAUAUUGAAAAAAAAACACCUGUAAUGAUAUUGAACAUGAAGAUAUACGGUUUCAAAGACCACAGCAGGUUUUCAUCGGUCAGUUGGAUUUGUGUUGUGUUAAGCCGUCGCCUCUCAUUUUCAAGAUUUCUUGCAACAGCUCCUACUAUUCAUCCAAAUGUCAUUCAUCCUCAACCUGAACACCGUCUAUAAUCAAUGUUUAAACCCCACUGAGAUGUACAGAGACAUUGACGCGUAUGCUUCGUCUCAGUGUCUUUACCGAUGUUCAGGAGAACUGAACGGAUUUGCCAACUAUUUCGUUUAAUUUAUUUGUUUUAUUACUGGCUUUUUUUAAAAACGAUUUUACCGAAAACGUAGAGCUGCAAAUGGUUUAUUACACAGAAGAGAGUUUCUUAUUUUGCUUGAUUAGCAUUUUUGCACUGAUAAAAAUAUUAAUUUUGAAUGUCUAAUAUGAGAAUAAGAAGGGGUCAUGUGUGACUGUUGGAAGCCUUGGAAAUAAUUGUUGAAUUAAAAAACCCUAAUGAAUAAAAUCUUAUUUA